AUGAAAGCUGUAGAACUGAUGGGGUAUAACAAAUUAGGAUUAAACACAUUUCCAAACAUGGUGGCGAUACUGCUUGGGAUCACAGUUGACGAAAUGAAUGAUGACAAUACAUUCUAUGACAGAUACCCUUUUAUAUGGAAGGAUUUCAUGGAGGCCGGGUACGUUACUCUGAUGGGUGAGGAUACUCAUGACCAGUCUUUAUUCAAUUACCAGCGUAAAGGUUUCAAAUGGACACCGGUCGAUUAUUACAUGCGCCCGCAUGUGAUGGCAUUAGAGCAAAACAGUGGCAGCAAUAAGACAUGGUGUUCGGGAAACUUCCUUGUUCUUCAAUCAGUACUCGAUAAAUUGGUAGAAUUUGUGGCUUCCUACCGAGAUGUUCCACAUUUUGCGUUCACGUUCAUAGGAAAACCAUCACAUGACAACAGCAACAGACUCGGUAUAGUAGACCUGCCACUUUUGAGGACAUUGACAGAUCUAAAUACACGUGGAUUACUCGAUAAUACCGUACUUAUGAUAUUUGGUGACCAUGGCAGCAGAUACGGGAAAAUGAGGAACACAUUUCAGGGUCGACUUGAAGAAAAUUUACCUGCAUUUUAUGUUUUUCUUCCACAAUGGUUUCGAAAAACACAUAGUUAUUUAUUCGAAAACCUCAAAACAAAUAGAAAAAAAUUAACUAGUAAUUUUGAUGUUUAUGCAACUCUUCAAGACAUCCUGGGGCUUGGCAGAGGACACCUGUCACCGAAGUCUUCUGGAAAAUAUGGAACUAGUCUUCUUCGAAACAUUAGAACUAAACGAACUAUGGCACUCUUGUUCCAUAAAGAGUGCAAGAAAGCUAGAAAAAGAUACAAGAAAGAGCUUUAA